AUGUCGGAUGCAGUGAAGGAGGCGCACCAGCAAGAAGAGGUCUAUCGACCAGCGUUCCUCAAGCGCCAGAGCAACAGGGGUGUGGGCAGGAAGGAGGCUCUUCGCAAGCUGGCGAAGCAUCGAUCGCAGCUGGAAAAGGCGGCCGCAGCAUCUGCUGCAUGUAGAUCGGGCUGGGAGCGGGGGCAGGAUUAUUUCCGCGCCGUCAUCAAGGAAUGCCAAUUCGCUGUAGCAGUCUCAUCUGCUGGACUCAAUGAGUCUGUUCUCGUCUCGCAUGCGCAAGCCGGCAGCCUGCAGCUCAAGGCCUUGGCUCUGAAAGGGCUGUACCACAAGCUGCUCAGGGGGGUGUCCAAGAGGCAAGCUUUCGAGGAAACGGCGGAGUUUUUUGAAGUGGCCUCCAGCACCCUCCGUGAGUGGGAGCUUUCCUACCGCACCAAGGGCCAUAUCCAGCCCGUGGUCACGAAAGUGCUAGAGCCAUCUGAGGAUCUAAAGAACACGCACACAUCUGACGAGAAAAAGGUGUGCAAGAGCCCGAAGAGGUACACCUAAAAAUCCCUGCAGCACCGUAUGCGUGCCCAAAAACUGAACUGCACGUCCGUCCCACCGUUCGACUACAGUAGCAUCACCCCCUCCCUGUCCC